AUGUUAGAAAAAAAGUUUGCUGACAUUGACAAGAAAUUUGAGAAUGUUUUAAACAAGAACAAGAGGAAGUUAGAAAAUGCUCAGAUAAAACCCAUACAUGACAAGUUCUUAUUUGCUCAGAAUGGUAUAACAGGUCUAAUCGCACCACCUGGGUCGGGUAAGACUUUCACUUAUCUUAAAAUGGCUGCACAACAACAAGAACUAGAUGAGAAGAACCCAUUCUAUGA